GGGACUGGCGGCUGGGCGGUGGGAGAGGCGAGGUUGAGGGGAGCUGGGCAAGGAAAGUGGAGAGGAGGAGGGCCUUGGAGACAGAGAGGAGGGGCCCCGGGAGCCCGGCGCUGGCAGCGACUCUGGCGGUAAGGGGACCAAUGUCGCUGCCGCCGCCUCCUCCUCGGGGGCCGGAGCUGCGUCGCCCCGGCUGAGCAGCAGCCGCAACCGCAAGCCGAGCGGCCGCCCGGUGCGCCCGCAACACGGGAGGAUGGGCUGCGGCGGGAGCCGAGCCGAUGCCAUCGAGCCCCGCUACUACGAGAGUUGGACCCGGGAGACGGAAUCCACCUGGCUCACCUACACCGACUCGGACGCGCUGCCCAGCGCCGCAGCCACGGACAGCGGCCCCGAGGCGGGCGGCCUGCACGCGGGUGUGCUGGAAGACGGACUGUCCUCUAACGGGGUGCUCCGACCUGCAGCCCCGGGUGGAAUAGCCAACCCAGAGAAGAAGACGAACUGUGGGACCCAAUGUCCCAACUCACAGAGCCUCAGCUCAGGCCCUCUGACCCAGAAACAGAAUGGCCUCUGGGCCACAGAGGCUAAGAGGGACGCUAAGCGGAUGUCUGCAAGAGAAGUGGCUAUUAAUGUUACAGAGAAUAUUCGGCAGAUGGACAGAAGUAAAAGGGUCACCAAGAACUGCAUCAAUUAGCAGUGCCUGGGUGUGGAAGCAGAUGAACUUCUUGGUGGAGUCUAGUCAAAGAAUCCUGAAGAAGUAGGUGCCACUCAAUGAACGUGGAUGCCUCUGAGUGACACACGGCCACCCACGCUGUGACGACCAUCUUGGUUUCCUGUUUAAUCACAUAUAGAAAAUACAUCGAAAAGUCCUGAAAUAUGUUCACAGAUUGCCAAAAUGUGGUUUGUCUUUUUCCCCUCUGCAGCUUCCGUAGCAUGGUCUGCUGUAGCCAUGGUGAGUGGCAUGGAAAGGCUGGAGUAACGGAAUCCCUGUCAAGGAGUGCACACUAGGGCAGAGCUUUCUCAGUGUGUGGUUGUGGACAAGCACCUUCUUUCCUCCUUUCUUUUUAAAUAUGGCCACCACAAAGUUUACUGUUUUCACUUAAGAGCUGGCUCCCAGCCGACUCUAAAUCCAGAAAUACAAGACUCCAAAAACCAGAGAGACUCAGAAUGAGCUGAAUCAGUCCCCGGUUCACGUGUGGACUCCCUGGGGCCUACUCGGUGUCUUUGAGAGGUGUCUGUGACACACACACACACACACACACACACACACACACCUGCUCCUCCUCUACCUGGAAAGGACUCCCAGGCUGGCAUCCAGGCAUUGGCUUCCAAACCAGAAUGUCACAUGUCUGUGGCCUUUGCACCCUUUGGGACCUAGCUUCAUGUUGCUUUCCCCCAUAGCUUUCCAGUUCCCUAUUGUUCUUGUGGGCUUUGUGCCUCCAGUCAGGUCGUUUGCAGCUGGAAAGUGACACAUGGUGGCACACGUGAUACCCCUUUGGCCUUUCUGUACACAGCCCCAAGGACCAUGUUAUUUUGGUAUCUGCAGAGUAAUUAGUUUGGAAAGCUAGAGGCUGGUUGAUGUACAUCCCUGCUGACAUAGUCUCACAAGGCACUCACUGUAUUGCAAAAACAAUAUUGCUUUGAUAGGAACCCUUCCCCAGCAUUCCUAAACACACCUUCCUGCAGAGUAUGACACAGCACGCAUUUGAAAGGACUGUUCACAUGCUUGGGCUUACUAAGGUAUAGUCCAAGUCAUAUCAAACUGUACCAACAAACUCACAUCUAGCAGCAAUAGCAGCCUGGUGACACGCUUAUGUGACAGUUCAAGAGAAGUCACCUAAGCGGAUUAAGAUGCAGAUGCUCACUGCUGUCCCUGACUUACUUCUCCAACACAGAUAGAACUAUAGACUAUAUGUUUAUUAGUGUUACAAUUCACUGCCAACCUUGUGCCAGCUACAGUAACAGUCGCAGAGGGAUUUGGAGCCUGGCAGUCACAACUGGACUUCUGACUCUGUGGGGAGGCUUGAGACUCAGGAGACUGACAUGGACCCUGUGGCACAAGACCAAUUAUUGCAGUGGAAUCUCACAUUUAGGUAUAGGUAGCUUUCUGUCAGUCACAGAUGUAUGUCUUCUCUUUUGCCGUGUACACCAGUUUUCCCCAACCUCUCUCAUCUUGACUCCUUGUCAAAGGGCUUUUAGGGAACUUCAUGUUCUGACAAUUUAACUAAUAAAACAAAAGCAAGCCCCGUGACUCCUGUGUCCUCCAUGGCAUUGCUGGGCAGGAGUCCUUCCACAGGGUUGGCCAUGGGUUCAAUCCUGCAAGCUCAAGGGCUUGCUCUCCAGGGCAUGUACGCUGUGUUUUGACACGCUGCUUCCUCAGUUGAUGCUAUCAGCCAUGGGCUAAGGCUGGCUUCUCUUCCCAACUCUGUGUUUGUCUCAGCUCAUUGGAAUUUAGCAUCUGGAAAAGUUGUCUCGGCAAAUACAGAAACCCGUUUUCACUCUGCGAGGAGAAGGAACGGAGGGAGGGCCUGUGAUCUGGCACACCAUUGAAAUUUCCAUCUGGGCAAUUUUUAAACGUGUGUUUAAAGCAGGAGCUGACUCUUACUAUCCUAGUGGGAUAACACUUUCCAUUCCGAAGUUUGUGUCAAUAAAGUCAUUAAUUUCAAACAUAUGUGGAUGGUUACAGAGGCUCUUUACUGGAACCUUAAAUCUGUAUGCGCAGCUGGUUAGAAUUUUUUUUAAAUAAAGGCGUUUUAUGUAAGUCAAACAGCCUCAUGAAUUAGGUGAACUAGAUAUGGGGGCUGCAAUUAGCUCUAACUUACACCUACAGAUGGAGUUAUAGCUUUCUAGCCAGGAAUUGGCGACCUGGGAUGCCAGAUAGGAAUGUCAACCAAUGAUCAGUGCUUCCUCACUAUUCCCGUACCUGACUCAGAAUGUCCAGCAUAGUUGAAACAGCUAUCUAGAGGGAGAACUGUCUCGUAUCCCGAAACUGAGCCAACCUCAAGCUUAGGAGGACAGGGGAUGAUUGGAAAGGGAUGCGAUUAGAGAGCUGGGGCCAGCCUGGGCUCACUUAGCCUUCUGGACAGGGUAAGCCUGGCCUUGUAUGAGAAGGCUCUCUGGGUUGAGGUCAGGAAAGAAGUUCAUAAUUGAGGGAAGACAUAAACCGUCCUUAUAAUAAGUGUCUGUGCCUAAAGAGUAGGAAUUGAGGGCUACUUAGGUUGCAGCCAAUGCCCCGCGUUCAUAACAUGUUCCUCUAACUGCCCAUGUCCCCAGUGCACUCAGACCUAUUUGACCUACUAACCUCCAUUUGUGGCUACUCCCCAGUGUCACAGAAAGACCUCUCCUCCAUAUCUGUUCCUCUAAGCAGGGUCUCCAAGGACCCUGUUUUGCUGAAGUCAGAUCAAAGGCAUGGUUUAUUCAGCUGUCAUGCUGUACAAACAUUGGAAUUUUAUGUACAUAGAUCCUGCAGGCACCCCUCACUGGGAACUCCAUAUACACUCUUCCCUUCUCUGCCAACCAUACAUUGAUUUAUAAUGAACACUGCGCUUGUGAGUCCCCUUUUCCUCCUGCUGCUUAGAAUGUGGAGGGAAAAGCCGCAGCCAUACUGGUCCAUUGGGCUGUCACGUGGCCUUGGCAGUGGAGCGACCAAGCUAUUUGAAGCUAUGCCAAACUGAGCAACAAGUUGGAAGAGGCUGGGGUUCCUGCUUCUAUGCAACCUCCCUGAGCCUAGAACUGUACAUACUUAGACAUAGCCCAUCUGUGACCAAGAAAUAUACAUUUGAUUUAUUUAAUCUACUCUUAUAGGUUGCAAUUCAUCAGCAAACCUAAUUCAUUUUCUUUUGAAGAACUGGAAGGUCUUUGUCCCUGGCCCCUUGAUACCAAGUUUGCUGGAGCUGAUGUCUGCAUAUCUAGAACUGGUGCCUGCAGAUCAGUGUGACUUACAUAUAGUAACUCCGCCUUUGUCGCCUGCCUGAGAUGCAUGACUGUGCAACCCCUCUCCAAAUAUCUGGUUUUCUUGUUCUUAUAAGGGCCUUUCAAAUACAGAUUGUCCCUCAUAGUUUCCACAAGUCUGGGAAGUAGCUAAUCUUGGGGAAUUUUUCUGAGGAGGUAAGUUGUAAGUAUGAUCCAGUAGCUAAAAGUAUGCAGUUAUUCAUUUUCAUGUACUAUAUUUAUUAAAAAGUUUCGAUGUGCCAGAAAUUGGAAAUUAUUGCAUCUGUCUUUCUGUCUGUCUGUCUGUCUGUCUGUCUGUCUAUUUAUUGUUUUUGUUGUUCUACUAAAAUAUUAUCUCCUCAAGGGCAAGGGCCAUGUCUACUUUAUUGCCAAUUUCUAGUACAUUAAAGCUUUUUAAA